CGCCUUCUCGGGUUGCUCGACGCUCGCAGCUGCAGAUCCCCAGUGUGUGUGAACGGGGCACGGAGAAGAGUGAGAAACUCCGCGGACUGACCGGCUCUGACCGCAGUGGCCACACACACACACGCGGACCGCUCUGUCACUUGCCACCUGUCGGAUACAUAGUGUGUGUGUGUGAGCGCGCGCGCGGGGGGACAUGGACCCGGAGUGAAGGACACUGGACUCAUGGAGACUCUACUGAGACUACUGUCCGCACUGUGGACCUGCGGUGCGCUCCUGCUCCUCGUGCGCGGCUCGCCUCUUCUGCUGUUUGCAAACCGACGGGAUGUGCGGCUCGUCGACGCGGAGGGGGGCCGCGCGGAGUCGGCUGUGGUUGUGGGGGGCUUGGAGGACGCUGCCGCGGUGGACUUCCUCUUCUCCGAGGGGCUCAUCUUUUGGACCGACGUCAGCGAAGAGGCCAUCAAGCAGACGCAUUACAACCAGUCAAGCAACGCUUUGAAGGAGACUAUGCUAGGAAGCGGACAGUCCGUAGUGGUGUCGGGCUUGGACUCGCCCGACGGCCUGGCCUGCGACUGGCUCGGACGGAAGCUCUACUGGACCGACUCGGAAACAAAUCGCAUCGAGGUGGCCAACCUGGAUGGCAGCUACCGCAAAGUUCUCUUCUGGCAAGACCUGGACCAGCCCCGAGCCAUCGCAUUGAAUCCAGCCCAACGGUACAUGUACUGGACGGACUGGGGGGAGGAGCCCCGCAUCGAGAGAGCCGGGAUGGACGGCAGCAGCCGGAACGUCAUCGUGGACACCGACAUCUAUUGGCCCAACGGCCUCACCAUUGACUUGGAAGAGCAAAAGCUCUACUGGGCCGACGCCAAGCUCAGCUUCAUCCACCGGGCCAACCUGGACGGCUCCUCACGGGAAGCGGUGGUGGAGGGCACUCUGACCCACCCGUUCGCCCUCACGCUGUCGGGCGAGACCCUCUACUGGACUGACUGGCAGACGCGCUCCAUCCACGCCUGCAACAAGCAGACGGGUGACAAGAGGAGGGAGAUUCUCGGUGGAAUCUACUCCCCGAUGGACAUCCAAGUGCUGAGCCAGGACAGGCAGCCUGAAAUUCACACCCCUUGUGCCGAGAGCAACGGCGGCUGUUCUCACCUGUGUCUGCUGUCACCUGUGGAGCCCUUUCAUAGCUGCGCGUGCCCCACUGGAGUCCGGCUCCAGGACGAUGGGAAGACCUGUCAUCCAGGGGCUGAAGAAGUUCUGCUGCUUGCUCGGCGGACCGACCUGCGGCGCAUCUCCUUGGACCUGCCGGACUUCACGGACAUUGUUCUGCAGGUGGACGACAUCCGGCACGCCAUCGCCAUCGACUACGACCCUGUGGAUGGGCACGUGUAUUGGACAGACGAUGAGGUGAAGGCCAUCCGGCGCGCUCGCAUCGAUGGCAGCGAGGCCCAGACGCUCGUCACCACGGAGAUCAACCACCCGGACGGCAUCGCCGUCGACUGGGUCGCCCGCAACCUGUACUGGACCGACACCGGGACCGACCGCAUCGAGGUCACACGGCUCAAUGGCACUUCCCGCCGAAUUCUGAUCUCGGAGAAUCUGGACGAGCCUCGCGCUAUUGUGCUGGAUCCUAUUGGGGGCUACAUGUACUGGACAGACUGGGGAGAGAAGCCCAAGAUUGAGCGCGCCAACCUGGAUGGUAGCGAACGCGUCAUCAUGCUGAACUCCUCGCUGGGAUGGCCCAACGGCCUGGCCCUCGACCACAUGGCUGGCAAGCUGUACUGGGGGGACGCCAAGACGGACAAGAUUGAGGUGAUCAAUGUGGAUGGGACGGGCAGGAGGACCCUACUGGAGGACAAGCUUCCUCACAUCUUUGGCUUCACCCUUCUGGGUGACUACAUCUACUGGACGGACUGGCAGCGGAGGAGCAUCGAGCGAGUGCACAAGACCGAGGCGGUCCGCGAGAUCAUCAUCGACCAGCUGCCCGACCUCAUGGGCCUGAAAGCCAGCCGAGUCACUCGGACGUUCGGCACCAACCCGUGUGCAGGGGACAAUGGCGGCUGUAGCCACCUGUGCUUCCACCGGCCACAGGGCCCGCGCUGCGCCUGCCCGAUGGGCUUAGAGCUGCUGAGCGACCUGCGCACCUGCGUGGUGCCCGAGGCCUUCCUGCUCUUCACCCACCGAGCCGACAUCCGCAGCAUCUCGCUGGGCACCAACAGCAACGAUGUUGCCAUCCCCCUCACUGGUGUCAAGGAGGCCUCCGCUCUUGACUUCGAUGUCACUGAGAACAGGAUCUACUGGACGGACGUCAGCACCAAGACCAUCAGUCGGGCUUUCAUGAAUGGGAGCUCCUUAGAGCACGUCAUCGAGUUCGGCCUGGACUACCCCGAGGGCAUGGCUGUAGACUGGAUGGGCCGCAACGUCUACUGGGCUGACACGGGCACCAACCGGAUUGAGGUGGCCCGUCUGGAUGGCCAGUACCGGCAGGUUCUGGUGUGUAAGGACCUGGACAACCCCCGCUCGCUGGCCCUGGAUCCUGCCAAUGGCUACAUGUACUGGACGGAGUGGGGGGGCAAGCCGAGAAUUGCACGUGCCUACAUGGAUGGGAGUAACAUCAUAACGCUCGUGGACAAAGUGGGCAGGGCCAACGGCCUCACCAUUGACUACGUGGACCAGAGGCUCUACUGGACUGACUUGGACACCUGCAUGAUUGAGUCCUCCAACAUGCUUGGCCAGCAGAGAGAGAUUGUGGCCGAUGACCUCCCACACCCGUUCGGACUCACUCAGUAUCGGGACUACAUCUACUGGACGGACUGGAACCUGCGCAGCAUUGAGCGUGCCGACAAGCACAGCGGGCAGAACCGCACCGUUGUCCAGGGCCAUCUGGAGUACGUGAUGGACAUCCUGGUGUUCCACGCCUCGCGUCAGGAUGGCUCCAACGAAUGCUCACAGGACAAUGGCCAGUGCGCUCACCUGUGCCUGGCCACGCCCGAGGGAUCCCGCUGCCGCUGCGCUUCACACUACACCCUAGAGGCCAAUGGCAGGAACUGCAGCUCCCCCUCCAGCUUCCUGCUCUUCAGCCAGAAGACCUCCAUUAGCCGCAUGGUCCUGGGCGAGCAGAGUCCCGAUGUCGUCCUGCCCAUCCACGUGCAGCGCACCGUACGAGCCCUCGGCUACGACCCGCUGGACCGACUGCUCUAUUGGGUGGACGGCCGGCAGAACAUCCGCAGGGCGCGUGACGAUGGCUCCCAGCUGUUUGUGGUGGUGUCGACCACACCCGGCCACCAACAGAGCCCCGACAAGCUGCCCCACGACCUGAGCCUGGACCCCUACAGCCGCAUGGUGUACUGGAGCUGCGAAGCAACCAACACGAUCAACGUGCAGCGCUUGGACGGGCGCACUGUGGGCGUGGUGCUACGCGACGACCUGGACAAGCCCCGCGCCAUCGUAGUCAACGCAGAGAGAGGGUACAUGUACUUCACGACCACACAGGAGCGAGCUGCAAAGAUCGAGCGGGCCGCGCUGGAUGGGACGGAGCGCGAGGCUCUCUUCACCACCGGCCUUAUCCGGCCCGUGGCGCUCGCCCUGGACAACAAGCUGGGGAAGCUCUUCUGGGCGGAUGCCGACCUCAAGCGCAUCGAGAGCAGCGACCUUUCGGGAGCCAACCGGAUCACGUUGCAGGACUCCAACAUCCUGCAGCCGAUGGGACUGACGGUCCUGGGCGACCACCUGUACUGGAUCGACAGGCAGCAGCAGAUGAUUGAACGCGUGGACAAGGUCACGGGGGAGAAACGCACACGCGUCCAGUACCGCGUCGUGCACCUGACCAGCAUCCACGCUGUUGAGGACAUGGACCCCGAGGAAUUCGACUCACACCCAUGUUCCCAUGACAAUGGAGGAUGCUCGCACAUCUGCAUCGCCAAGGGCGACGGGACGCCGCGCUGCUCCUGCCCCAUGCACCUGGUCCUCUUGCAGAACCUUCUGACCUGCGGAGAGCCGCCCACCUGCUCCACGGAACAGUACACGUGCGCUACCGGCGACAUCGACUGCAUCCCGAUGGCGUGGCGCUGCGACGGCUUUACCGAAUGUGACGACAACAGCGACGAGGAGAACUGCCCCGUGUGCACGGUUUUCCAGUUCCAGUGCGACAAGGGCCAGUGCAUCGACGCCCAGCUGCGCUGCAACGGGGAGCUGGACUGCGCAGACAGCUCCGACGAGCAGAACUGCCAGAAUAUCUGCUUCCCCACCCAGUUCCGCUGCGGGAACCAGUGUAUCGAGAAGAAGCAGCAGUGCGACUCUUACGCGGACUGUGACGACAACUCAGACGAGCUGUACUGCGAGGUUCCGUUGAGCCCGUCCAACGAGCUCCCCAGUCACACCAGCACCAUCGGACCGGUCAUCGGCAUCAUCUUGUCCGUCUUCCUCAUGGGCGGUGUGUACUUUGUUUGCCAGCGGGUGGUGUGUCGCCGCUACAAGGGCCCAAGCGGAGCGUUUCCUCACGAGUACAUCAGCGGCACACCCCACGUGCCCCUGAACUUCAUCGCUCCGGGCAACACGCAGCAUGGCACGUUCACGGGCAUCUCUUGUGGGAAGUCCAUGAUGAGCUCCGUAAGCCUGAUGGGAAGCAGCAGCAGCGGGGCUCCCCUCUACGACCGCAACCAUGUGACCGGUGCCUCUUCCAGCAGCUCCACCAGCACUAAAGCGGCCUACUACCCGCAGAUGCUCAACCCACCCCCGUCUCCCGCCACAGACCGAUCCUUAUACAAUGCCGAGAUGUUCUACUCCUCCAACAGCCCCUCCACCACCCGCUCCUACAGGCCUUACCUAAUGCGAGGCGUCGCUCCGCCCACCACCCCCUGCAGCACAGACGUGUGUGACAGCGACUACACCACGAGCAGAUGGAAGAGCAACAAAUACUACAUGGAUCUGAAUUCGGACUCGGACCCUUACCCUCCUCCCCCGACCCCUCGCAGCCAGUACCUGUCGGCAGAGGAGAGCUGCCCCCCGUCGCCCUCCACAGAGCGCAGCUACUUCCACUUGUGCCCCCCACCCCCAUCGCCAUGCACUGACUCCUCGUGACCCCCGGGGGGCCCUCGUGC